AGCACGCGGGGAACAUAAUUUUGGAGAUGUCUGCUUCAGUCAAAAUGUUAGCAGGUUGCCGAUUUUCUGUCUCAAUUAAUCGUUUACUGGUUCUAAUUUUGACGUGCCUAUUUAUUGAAGACUCGCAAGUAAUGUGCACAAAAGCUGUGUUUCAAAACGCAUGUUAUACAAUUGAAUGCAACAAUACUGAUUUUGACGAUGCGGUGAAAAACUGUAAAUCAAUAAAUGCUACACUUUUAUCAAUCCAUUCACUGGAGGAAGACAACUUUGUCAAGCACCUUGUUGAAGCUUCUAAUUACGGUCAUGUGUAUGUAGGCCUCCAGCGAAUAGAUGUGACUUUAUCAACUUCUUACUAUUGGAAUGAUAACAGUUCAGUUGAUUAUAUGUCUAAUGCAACCGACCUCGAAACACAUCAUAAUGAGAGAUGCCACAUAAUUGACAAAUCAAAAGGAUAUGACUGGGAAGAAGCUAGAUGCUCUAAAGAAUACUGUGAUCCAAUAGGCUGUAAUACACAAACUACAGCAAAGUCUACUACUAACAUCACCACGACUACUACCAAAGGCUGUAAUACACAAACUACCGGUACAGCAGAAACUACUACCACCACCACGGAUUGCAUUUCUACCGGUACAGCAGAAACUACUACUACCACCACCACCACCACGGAUCGCAUUUUAAAUAAAACGUCGCCAGUGAAUUUCAGUGAAAGUGUAUCUAAAACCAUGAAAAUUGCCGAAUCAUUGGAGAUGAAAGUGACAUUUUUCUGUUUAUGGCAGGUUGACUUGAAGCAGUCAAUGCAACAACAUUUCCAGAAUCAGAAUAGGAGCAUUAUGAGCAUCGUGAACGAUUUUGAGAAUCAGUUGAAAAUGAUGGCUGUUGAAAAUGACGUCACAACAAAUGUAGAUAUUGAAGGCCUAAUAUUGGCAGGAUUCCAGAAUGUGAACUGUAAGGAUGACCUGGUAUUGAAUAUGCAGAUCAGCGACAAAGACCGUCCACUUUCAAUUAAUCCAACAUUUUUCGACUGCUGUAGAAAUAAGUCGAUUAAGAUUACAUACACAAUUUUCAGCGAAGUGUUUUUCAGUGGCUUACAUGGAAUAGCAGUCUUAGGGUCAAAGAAUGUCGAUGUUGCUGUGAUGACCAAUGUUGUCUCAUUUUCAAUAAUUCCUGAAUCGAAUUCUCAAGUAGAUGCCGAAAUCACAUUUUCAAUCCCACAUGAAAAGGGUUUGGUCAGACAAGGGAUGCCUGGUGACAAACGCUUCUCAAACAGAGACCAGAUGUGUGUGUAACCAUACCACAAGCUACAGUAUUCUAGUGCAAGUUACAGACGAUCAGGUUUCCAAUUCCAAUGACGUCACUUUAACAAUCCUUUCACAAGUACUUCUUAUCAUUUCCACUGUGGCUCUCAUAUUAGGAGUUCUCAUUCUAUUUUGUUUAAGAGGACUCAGUAAAUGUGUCCGUACAAGUAUUCAUAAACAUUUGAUGAUCACGUUGGCUUUGUCGCACCUACUGUUUCUGACAGGCAUCGACAAAAUUUCAAGUCAAGU